GACGGAUAAAACCAUUGCGGCUCAGAGUGUGUUGUUCUUAAUCGUUGGCUUCGAUACGACGGCCUCAACUCUCGCCUUCGCGUCCUUCCUCUUGGCCAAGUACCCCGUACACCAGCAGCGUCUCCGCCAGGAACUGCAGCAGAUGUUCAGGAACAUGGUGAUGUUACCUACCAGGGCAUCAUGGAAGCCAAAUUCCUCGACGCGUGUAUAAUGGAAACACUGAGAUUGUACCCGCCAGCAGUCUUCGGUGAACGGAUAUGCAACAAAACAUACAAAAUACCUGGCACUAACGUGGUUCUACGUCCUGGAGACUUGGUGACCAUCCCAUUCUGGAGUUUACACCACGAUCCUCGCUACUGGCCUGAACCUGAGGUGUUUCUUCCAGACCGCUUCUUACCAGAGAACAAGACCAAUAUUACAAGCUUCACUCACAUGCCCUUCGGAAUGGGUCCUAGAAACUGUAUAGCUAUGCGGUUUGCCUUGAUGGAGGCCAAGGUGGCACUCGCUAAAUUGCUACUGAAAGCAGAAAUUCACCUGAGGAACAGUGGCGAGGAACUAAAACUGGAACCAUCUCCCUUCCUACUGAGACCAGAAGGAGGGGUUAAUCUUGUGGUUUCUCCACUAACAGCGAAAACAAAUAAACAGUGAAUUAAGCUUAUCAGUGUAGUAAAAAAUGAGAUAAGAAAGCCAAAGAGAUUUAAAGUUGCAGGGACAUAAAAACACCCCAAAGGGUCAGCUUACUGAAAAUUUAUAAAAAAAAUGUGUACCAUGCAGAACGUCUCUUUGGCAUACAAAUAAGGUUCCACAUAACCGGCUUACCUGCAAAAUUCUAAUGGAGUCCCUAAGACAGAAUAUUUCUUUUGACAUCCUGUCAACAGUCUCGUGGCUGCGCUCCAGAACUAUCCCAACUCUCUUGAAGUUUCCAUUCAGCUCACUGUCGAGAAAUAUGAGACAACUCACUUCCCUUUCUAGACGUCUUACUUUAUAAAGUUUAUCACAUCUCAAAUUUAAUGUUUGAUAAAACCAGUAUAUAAAAACUACCUUACACAAUUAUUCAUCAAUUGUGACUGAAAGUUACAACGAGGUGUCUUGAUUUAUAUCUGAGAACCCCGAAGAUUUCAUGAGAGUGUAAGAACAUUAACAUCUUACCUUUAGAAUACUUUCCAUCAUGCUUCGUCUGAAACAAACGAUGGGCUCACGUAGGUUUCUUUUAUUUCUUAUAGGCAACAAUAUAGAUCUACCCAAAACAUGUCAUGUCGACAACGUUUUCUAAUACUACCAGACCUGGAGACACAGAACCAAAGACCAGCAGUGAUCUCCACCCUCUGUUAGUUUUUUUGGUUCUCACCGGUCCUUACUAUGGUGUGAAUCGAUAUAAGCAGUGAAGCAAUAGAUAACAGAAAGAACAUAA